UGCGCGCUGCGACGCCUCCCCGCUCGCCCGGCCCCGCCGCCAUUUCGUCGCCUGGCCUAACGGUUCGGCCAAUCCCGACACGUAGCGAGAAGGACCAGCGCUCCGCCAAUCGGAGGCCGCCGGCUCCGACCUCACCUCGGGCCGGCCCAAUCCAGGCCGCGGCCCCGCCGCCCCCGGCCCGCCCCCGCGGCGUCCUCUCUCCUCCCUCUUUGUGCGUCUGGCGCCGCCGCCGCCCGCCGCGUGAGAGGACGCGCUCCCCGCGCUCCUGAGCAGCGUCGUCGGGUCCCCUCCCUCCCCAACCCCGGAAGGUUCGUGAAGGAGAAGCCGCCGCCGAGGACGAGGAGCCGCCGGUGCCGGUCCCCCGGGGCGCCAUGGCGACCGGAGCGAACGCCACGCCGUUGGACUUCCCAAGCAAGAAGAGGAAGAGGAGCCGUUGGAACCAAGACACAAUGGAACAGAAGACAGUGAUUCCAGGCAUGCCUACAGUUAUCCCCCCUGGAUUGACUCGGGAGCAAGAAAGAGCUUAUAUAGUGCAACUACAGAUAGAAGACCUGACUCGUAAACUGCGCACAGGAGACCUGGGCAUCCCCCCUAACCCUGAGGACAGGUCCCCUUCCCCUGAGCCAAUCUACAACAGCGAGGGGAAGCGGCUUAACACUCGAGAGUUCCGUACACGCAAGAAGCUUGAAGAGGAACGGCACACCCUCAUCACGGAGAUGGUUGCUCUCAACCCAGACUUUAAACCACCUGCAGAUUACAAGCCUCCAGCAACACGAGUGAGUGAUAAAGUAAUGAUCCCCCAAGAUGAGUAUCCAGAAAUCAAUUUUGUGGGGCUUCUAAUUGGGCCCAGAGGGAAUACCCUGAAGAACAUUGAGAAGGAAUGCAAUGCCAAGAUCAUGAUACGGGGGAAAGGAUCUGUGAAAGAAGGGAAAGUUGGGCGUAAAGAUGGUCAGAUGUUGCCAGGAGAAGAUGAACCUCUUCAUGCUCUAGUCACUGCCAAUACAAUGGAGAAUGUCAAAAAGGCAGUAGAACAGAUCAGAAACAUCCUGAAGCAGGGUAUUGAAACCCCAGAGGACCAGAAUGACCUACGGAAGAUGCAGCUUCGAGAGUUGGCUCGCUUGAACGGCACUCUACGGGAGGAUGAUAACAGGAUCCUAAGACCCUGGCAGAGCUCAGAGACACGCAGCAUUACCAAUACUACCGUGUGUACUAAGUGUGGAGGGGCUGGCCACAUUGCCUCCGAUUGCAAAUUUCAGAGGCCUGGUGACCCUCAGUCAGCUCAGGAUAAAGCACGGAUGGAUAAAGAAUAUUUGUCACUUAUGGCUGAGCUAGGGGAAGCUCCUGUUCCUGCAUCUGUGGGCUCCACCUCUGGACCUGCCACCACACCCCUGGCCAGUGCACCAAGACCUGCUGCUCCUGCCAGCAACCCACCACCACCGUCUCUCAUGUCUACAACUCAGAGUCGCCCACCCUGGAUGAAUUCUGGUCCUUCAGAGAAUCGGCCCUACCAUGGCAUGCAUGGAGGUGGUCCUGGUGGGCCUGGAGGUGGCCCCCACAGCUUCCCACACCCAUUACCCAGCCUGACAGGUGGGCAUGGUGGACAUCCCAUGCAACACAACCCAAAUGGACCUCCACCACCUUGGAUGCAGCCGCCGCCGCCACCGAUGAACCAGGGCCCCCACCCACCUGGGCAUCAUGGCCCUCCUCCAAUGGAUCAGUACCUGGGAAGUACGCCUGUGGGCUCUGGGGUCUAUCGCCUGCAUCAAGGAAAAGGUAUGAUGCCACCGCCGCCUAUGGGCAUGAUGCCGCCGCCUCCGCCACCUCCCAGUGGGCAGCCCCCGCCUCCUCCCUCUGGUCCUCUUCCUCCAUGGCAGCAGCAGCAGCAGCAGCCUCCACCACCCCCUCCGCCCAGCAGCAGUAUGGCUUCCAGCACCCCCUUGCCAUGGCAGCAAAAUACGACGACUACCACCACGAGCGCUGGCACAGGGUCCAUCCCGCCAUGGCAACAGCAGCAGGCGGCUGCCGCAGCUUCUCCAGGAGCCCCUCAGAUGCAAGGCAACCCCACUAUGGUGCCCCUGCCCCCCGGGGUCCAGCCGCCUCUGCCGCCCGGGGCCCCUCCCCCUCCGCCGCCUCCGCCACCUGGUUCCGCCGGCAUGAUGAUCCCUCCCCGCGGCAGCGAUGGCCCGAGCCAUGAGAGUGAGGACUUUCCGCGCCCAUUGGUGACCCUUCCAGGCAGACAGCCUCAGCAGCGCCCCUGGUGGACAGGAUGGUUCGGCAAAGCAGCCUGAGUUAUUUUUCUGGACGGAAACGGAACACGCUGGCUCCAUAUCGUGAAAUUUUUAUUAAUUUUUAUCUUUUUCCUUUGUUAUUUCCUUAUCUUUUCCUUUCUUCAGACUCCGUCCAAGGAGAUGCUCUCCCCGGUCUUCUGCUGCAGAUAGAAUCCUUUCCCAUGUCUCCAUUCUUCUCCUCCCAAGAAGAGAAGAGCAAAUGGUUUAGGCACAGGCUGUGGCCAUUAAUGUGUGUGUGUGUGGUGGGGGAGGGCUGUUGUCCAGUGGUUCUAAAUUGUUGAAGGGCCUUGGCCACACCCAAGAUGGUUUAUUUUUGUCAACUUUUAAACAGUCUUGAGAAUUCUGACAUUGCUAGAUGGGGUUAAUGUGGCCCAGGGAUUCACAUCUUCCUGCAUUCCUGUCAGCAGUAAGUGGCACAGCCCAAGCCACUAUAGGCCUGACUGCCAGCCUGGAGUCUUUUCCAUGCUCCUGAUCACCUAAGCUGCCUCAGUUGCCAUUUGCUUCUCUCCUUCCUGGAAAGCUUCCCGUUAUGUUUUAUUUUGACCCCAGAUGUCCACAUGUUUUGCAGUGUCUGGGGCUUGCGUCCCUUGUUCUUCAUUCUGCUUCUUUGCCCCCUUCUCUCUUCAUGGAGUGAUUAUGUUGACAAUAAUGUGUAAUGCGCGUUCUUUUCACUGGUUUAUCUACAGAAAAUUUCUCUGGGCUUUUUUUUUCCGGUGUUUGAUUCAACACUGCGCUAAGGGGGGAUGUUCCAUUGAAUAAAAAGAGCAGUGUGGUUUUC